CUUGGCAACUCUUAGGCCGCCGGGUGACAGAGUGCCAUUCUGUCAGUGGCUCCAUUAAGGCUUUCGGCUUCAGCCUCAAUAGCAAAGCUGUUACUCUCACUAGUGAAUCGCUCAACUGUAAAGAGUAUAUAGACUUUAUUACCAAUCUAGUGUAUUUUGUGUUUGCGCCAGACGAUUCGACCUUCUCAGGAGGCGCUUGCAGCUAAGGAAGACACCAAGGGAACGAUAGCACUAAAACAAAACAAAAUCACUGACGUAAAAUAAGGACAAAAACAAAAGUAGCAAUAUUACUCAUUUAGAAGAAGAUAUCAUCACCAAGCCAUUAAGACCGAUUGUAUCCAAGAGAUCGUCGCUGCUCUUCUUUGUCUAAAAGAUAAUGGUACAGCAAGAUGAGCCAAUGAUUGAGAGACCUCAACAGUAUAACCUGUACUGGGAAAAUUUCGGCUGCAGAUGAUCAUCAACACAUCAUAGUACAGCCUUCAGGAAAAGUAUAAAACUCAUGUGUCAUAAAUUAUUACUGAACUGGAAUCCAUGUCAUAAGCAUUGUCCAUAGAUGUAACAUUCUCAGCCAUAGCUACGUUAAAAACAAAAAAUAUCAUAAAACCCAGCAAUCAAUGAAAGAGUAACGAAGAAUAAAUGGCGCUCCACCAAUUCAAAAUCAAGCAUUAUGCCACAAGUGGCAGACACGAAAAUCCAGUAAAUGAUUCUCUAGAAAACGAUAAUACCCAUACUAGUAGUACCAAACAGGGAGAUAACAAUACACCAAUACUCAGAAUUCAAAGAAGGUCAAGCGACCCGAUUUUGCUCUACAAACCAUCCGAAGUUAUGGUUUGUCCUGUCCAACCUUAUAAGGACGAAGAAGAAGAAGAAGGAGAAGAAGAUCUAUUCAGGGCAUGCCAUAACGAUCUCAUCCGAGAUAUGAAGUCCAAUUAUGAUGCAAGUCAAAGCCAUUCCAGUAAUGCAAUUGUUGCUGAACAAUACUAUGAGGUGAAGCAAAAGUAUCCAAAGAAAAGAACUGAAUUGCCAUUGCAAGAGGUCCAUGCUGACUCCAUAGUCAGACCAACUCACCAUUCCCACAGAGCAGAGAGAGGACCUUUGAGGGAAAAUGAGCACAAAGAAAUGCUUCCUUGUCACAGUCCACAUAAUGUUCAUUCUUAUCAAAAUUCAGACAUCCAUUUCUAUCCAAAUCAUGAGAGCCCAAGUCCUUCAUGGAAUGAAACGAGCCCUUUCGCAUGCUACAGCAGCCAAGAACCCCUGGAAGUAGAGAAACUACAGUACUUCUAUCACCAAAUGGCAACUCACAUGCAGCCACCCAUCAUCUGCCCGGUCACUGGUCACCACUUCCCAGUCCACCUCCUCAAGACUCUAAAAGGAGUUCACCAUUCUAGUAACUCAAUUGGAGAGUUCCUUCCACAGGCGAGUGCAUUCGUCCACUCGCCCAAUUACGAGUUCGAAAACGCAAAGAGGAUGCUGGUGGAAGGAGUGAAGCUGGUCUGCGACGGCGCCCGCGAAACGAUGGAUAAGAUGGAAUUCAAGAAUAAGACGAGAAUGAGUUACAACGGUGGAAUACCUGGUGUGGAGUGCAUCCCUUCACUUGACGGCUCUUAUCAAGAUAUCUGUGGAAAACUGAAUUACAUACAGUCUGCGUUUCUGCAGUUAGCGGAAUGCAACGACCCAGAGAUGCUAAACGAGGCGCGGCGAAUCAUUCCAAUCGAUCUACUUCAUCGCCUUCUGCAGCAGUUGCAGGAACAUUCUCUGGAGGGUCAGGAACCACAAGGAAUUACGUAAUUUAUAACGCAAUGUACUUAAUAAGGAACUGACUAAGCGAGAGUUGCGAUCAAUCUUGAAUCAACUUAAUAUAAAGAGCUAAUAAAUCUAAUCUUGAAGAAGAUUA